UUGUUACAUGACAUCAGUAUCCAGAAACAUUGUAUCCCGCUCAUAGCUCCGUCGUAAAUGGCUAUUUCUUUUUUCCAGGUGUCUGCAUCAUGCUGAAACUAGUCGCUUUCCUUGCCCUCUGUGCUGUUGCACAAUGCUGCCCCACAAUCUUCACUAAAUCCCAGUGGGGUGGACGUGCCCCCACCUGCAGGACCGCAAUGGCCACACCGGUCACAUACGUGAUCAUUCACCACACAGCCGGAGCAUCCUGUACCACCCAGUCUACCUGCAUCACCCAGGUUAGGAACGUCCAGAACCUUCACAUGAACACCAAUGGCUGGUGUGACAUCGGAUACAGCUUCCUGGUGGGAGAGGACGGCAAUGUGUAUGAAGGACGUGGCUGGACAUCCGUUGGUGCCCAUGCUCCCAACUACAACUCCAACUCCAUUGGAAUCAACGUCAUCGGAACUUUCACCAGCCGUAACCCCAAUACUGCCGCUCAGAACGCAGUCAAGGCUCUCAUCAGCUGCGGGGUCUCCAGAGGUUACAUUAAAUCCACCUACAUCCUGAAGGGACAUCGCAACGUGACAGCCACCGAGUGCCCUGGAAACACCUUUUACAACACCGUCAAAACCUGGCCACGCUUCCAGGCCUAAUUCCUAAAUAAGGCAUCUAUACAUCGACAGCGGGAUUUGCUGAGCGCCGCCGCCAUCUCCCCCGCCUCAGCUUCCUGAAACUAAGAUCUUUUCAACCUAUGUUACAAAAGUGAAAUAAAUGUAUUUACGUGAAA